AUGACUGUUGAACUGCUGGUAGGGAGCAGCAACAGUCUCCUGAAGAACUUCCGGCUAUGGUUUAAGAAAGGAGCUGAAACUAAUUCAAGAGAUAGUGGAGGGCAUGCCGCCGUCGUCAAGGUGCUAUUGGAAGCGGGUGCCAGCAGUGACUCGGCUGAUGAAGUUGGGGGAGCACCGUUAUUAUAUGCUCUUUACUGCAUGGGCGAGGACAUGUUAAAGCUACUUUUCAAGGGAAUGAAUGGCCACGACUGGUGUAGAGGAAGAUAUAAGUACAGUGCUUCUUUCCUCCGCUUCUGCAAAUGGCAGCGAUGUGCUGUAGCCAAGCUGCCUCCGGAAAAAGACGCCAAUGUUUACACAGAGGACAAUGAUGCAUCGCAUUGGUCUGUUGAUGAUGGAGAAGAUGCAGUUGUGAAACUGCUGCUGGACAAGGGUGGGACUCCGCUCGAUCUGUCUGUCAUUCGCAGGAAUGAGGUGAUUGCAUGGGGCGAUUGUGAGACUACUGCUGGAAAAUGGUGCCGGGGAGGUGAUGGGUCGAUGUCACUGGACGUAUGCGAUGAUCGCACGUAUUGA